CUCCGGAGGCUGAGGCAGCACGAUUGCCGUGGGGCCCCGGCCUGGGCUGCCAUGGAUACCGUGUCCCUGGAGCAUCAGAUCCAGAGCCUGCAACGCCACAUCAGCUUCCUGAAAAAGGAGCAGAUGGCCCUGCUGCGAGACCUGCACCUGGAAAUCCUGAGGCUGCAGAAACGCUGCUCAGAACUGACCCAUGACCUGGAGAUGAGAGAGACCCAAUCUCAGCAGCAAGGUUCUCAAGGACAGUUUGGACUACAUGAGACCUUGUCUUUAACAAACAAAAACAAAGAGAGAGUCAGUCUUGGCACACACCUGUAAU